UUCUGUGAGGAGCGCGUGUAAAGAGUACGACACCGGGGACAGUUGAGUAAUUUGAAGCAAAAUAAUUAAAUAUUCCUGCCAACUUACCUCGAGAUCCCUGCAAUAAAUUUCACAUAAUAAAAUCCAAUACCCUGCCGCAUAGGAGCUUUCUCCCCCAUUCACUGAAAAAAGUGGUCGCUCUCACUUCAACCCCAGUUGGUUUUUGUUAGGUGUUUGUACCAAACAAAAUUCAUAGUAGAGAAACCAAGACUUUUUUUUUUCUUCUUCUUUUCAUCAGAAAGGGGGAAAAGAAAGCCAAGAAAGUCUCCACCUUUCUUCCGGUCUUCUGUGUGCAUAUCCCUUUCUAUACUGUGAGCACUACAAUUCUUAUUUAAAGAUUCCCAGUUUUUAUUUAUUGGAUUUGCCUUGAUCUGUAUCUUCUUUUUUUUUUUUCCUGAUUCUGAUUCUGAUCCUUCAGCUGGGUAGGAGUUGAUUGAUAGUUUUCCUAAUCUUUUGGUUUAUUUAUUCACUUUUAUUGAUUGGUUGGGUUUUGACAAUUUGGAUGGUAGAGAUGGCAUCGGAGACUAAGCUUCACUCAUUCGAUGAAGUUGCUAAGCACAACAAGACUAAGGAUUGCUGGUUGAUUAUCCAUGGAAAGGUCCGACUUUUUUUCCCCCUAUUUCUUUGUGCGUUCCCUUUUUUUUUUUUUUGAGGGAAUUUUACCAGGAGAGUUUUGGUGGAUGCUUUGAUUUCUUCGCUCUCUGUGGAUUUAUUGCAGUUUCUCAUAAAAUUAUUUAGUACUUUACCGAUUUGUGAGUGAUUGACUCUGUUGCGGUGUUGCCGAUUCUUUAUUAUCUCUAGCUUUUGGGUUUUGUGAUGCUUUUUUUGUGUCAAUGAUUUAAACUUUUAUUGAUUUUUUUGGCUGUCAGUUGGUUGGAAACCAUUUGCUUUCAUCAUUAUAAACUUGAGAUUUAGAAGGAAUGGUGGAUUCUACCGGUUAAUGGUGUGGACUGCAGAAAGCUUGUGAGAAAAUAAUGGUUUUCCGCCCAAUUGAUGCAGUUGUUGAUCUUAGAGAUAGGGCAAAUAUAGUUUAUUCCACGCUUUAUAACUUUGUUCUUCUUUUGCAUCCUAAUUACUCAUCAUCUAGUCUAUUUUAGCUGUGUGUCCUGUCAUGGCUUCCUGUCUUUCUUUAGAACAAGGACGGAGCACCUUCAAAAGAAAUGAGGUUUACUAGUUCAUCUAUGUGAUUUGACUGAAUAGUGCCUGAUGGUUGAUUGAGCACUUGGAUUUGCUAUCGAUGAAGUAACUUUGGCUAACAUGUUGUCACCUUUCCGAAUUCAACAUCUAUAUUAUUCGAAUGCAACUUCCUGGCAAUUCUAGGACUGUUAUGUCACUUUUUUUUUUUUUUUGAAAAGAAUGUUUAUGCCAUUUGGUAUUGUUUCAGUCAUAAACUUCGUGUUCUGAAGGCUGCUUGGAGAAAUUGCAUUUAUUAGGUUGAAAUCGUUUUUUAGAUGUCCUUUUUCACUUUUUUGCUACUUUCUUACACCAUAUAUAUUUCAGGUGUAUGAUGUUACCCCGUUCAUGGAGGAUCAUCCUGGAGGUGAUGAAGUUUUGCUUUCAGCAACUGGGAAGGAUGCAACAAAUGAUUUUGAGGACGUCGGACACAGUGAUGAUGCUAGGGAGAUGAUGGCCCCAUACUACAUUGGGGAGAUUGACAAGUCCACUGUUCCACAGAAACGGGCAUACAUCCCACCCCAGCAAGCUAAUUACAAUCCCGACAAGACUCCAGAAUUUGUGAUCAAGAUUUUGCAGUUUCUCGUUCCCCUGCUAAUCUUGGGUCUGGCCUUUGCUGUCCGUCAUUAUACCAAAGAGCAGUAAAAAAAUUCACCAAUUCGUGUAAUUCAGCGUACUUCUGGUCCCUUAUAGAGGACCCUUUAUUUAUUAUUAUGUAGUGUUUGGACGAAUAAUUCUCUGCUCAUUUCUUCAUGAGGAACUUUGGUAUUGCUUGCUGAAUGGACUUGUUUUUUUCUGAGUCAUUAUUGUUCAUCCUUGAGCUUACACGGACCUUUUAGCAAAUGAUAUCUUUGGUAAUCGUCAGUCUCCAGGUCGGUCAAGGUCUAUGCUAUUUUCCAUUGUUUCAUGCUACAUUGAAAGGAAAGGUUAUAUCCAAACAACACCAACACAAUUCCGUGAAUUCAUUACAAACACAUUAAAGAUUAAAAAAGAAAUACUCCAUUUGUCACGAGAUUAUUAUGUAGUUUGUAUUUUCAUUUUUAGUAGACGUGUUGUUCAAUUUGUGUUUUCAUAUAUUGUUCAAAUUGUACUAAUAAUGAAUCAAAUAGAAACAGAGAGUGUGUUAACUUAGAAAUGAUAAGAGUUUGCGUGCUUUGGCACUACCACCUUGUAAC